AUGUCUACCCUCAACCUCAUCACCCAAUAUACUCAAACAGCUCUAUCACACCUCCCAGAGCCCGCCCAAGAUCUCCUCCACCAACCAACAGCCCAAAAGGCGAUCGGAGUUCUCGCCGCCCUCACUCUCCUCCGCAUCACAAACCGCUUCCUUUCAAAACGCACUUUGCAAAACUGGACCUUCAACCAACCAUGGAUCCCAGCCCGCGAGCUCAUCUUGCUAACGGGCGGGUGCAGCGGAAUUGGCAAGCAGGUCAUGGAAGACCUAGCGCGCACGGGAGUGCGUGUCAUUAUCCUUGAUAUUAAUGAGCCGACUUUCUCUCUACCCGCCAACGUCACCUUCUACAAGGCGAAUAUCACUUCCUCGGCUGAUAUUGCCCAAGUCGCGAAGACCAUUCGCGAAAAUCACGGCGAUCCUACGGUCUUGGUCAACAAUGCUGGCGUUGGACAUGACGGGACCAUCCUCGAUGAGCCUGAAGCGAAGAUUCGUCAGACUUUCGAGGUCAAUACCCUGUCCCAUUUCCUAAUGGUGAAGGAGUUCUUGCCGGCCAUGGUGAAGGCGAACCAUGGCCAUGUCGUCACUAUUGCUAGUAUGGCGAGCUUCGUGGCUCUCGGCGAGAUGGUGGAUUACUGUUGCUCCAAGGCUAGUGCGCUUGCUUUCCACGAGGGACUGCGUCAGGAGUUGAAGUAUUGGUAUAAUGCACCCAAUGUGCGCACUAGUGUUGUUCACCCCUUCUGGGUUCGUACGCCCAUGAUCAAGAUGCUCACAGACCACGAGGCCCAUUUCAAGCAGCCUAUCAUGACGCCCCAGGUUGUGUCCGAUGCUAUCUGUAAGCAGAUCUUGACGCAGACUAGUGGUCAGGUUAUUCUACCUGCCAGUCAGUCGGUGGCUAGGUUGGUGCGGGCUAUGCCGACCUGGAUGCAGGAGGGUGUGCGCACUUUUGCGUCGGGUGCGUUGAGAAGGAUGCGUAUUGCGCAGCAGGCGGAGAAGGAGGCUCAGGCGUAG